AUGGCCAUUCCUCCAAAGGCAGUUGAUCACAUCACCAAGAUCAUGGCUUCUGAUUUGGGGCCCUUGCAGAAGUGGAAAUCCAUCAAGGACAUGCUGUUGGAGUGUGGGGUUGCCUAUGUGGCUACUGCAAAGGCAACAGCUUUUGUUGUUCACCCCAAGAACCGAAGUGGUGCCCUCAUUAGCCCACAUGGUUGUCACCGCAAAGGCUUGCAGAUCAUGAAAGCUGGUGCUGACAUCAGCUUGUUGGGGAACAGUGUUUGCAUAGAGCUGAGCCCCAAUAUGGCUGAAAGGCAAAAACAAAUAGAUCCUUUUGAGAAGCUGGUUGCUUCCACACCUUUGCUGUCCCCUUUGCUGGGCACUGAGAGGUAUGCAUCUCUCAGCAGUGGGCAUACAUGCCAAUUUGUGAAGGCCCUUGUGCAUGGGUGCCCAACCUGUGAAGAAGAUUUGGCAGGCACUAAUGGCAAGCUUGGAGCACAUGUGUGGCAGUCUGACAGGGACUUGAAAACUAUGGUUGAAGCUGGGUGGGAGUGGCUAGUGCUGCCACACACUGUGGAAGCACAAUUUCCACAGCUUCCAGAACUCACCCAGCAUGCCCUCAACUGCCCCAACUCAAUCUUUGCCUCCCAAUCAGAAAUGGAAUUGGCAUCUUCAAUUUGGGAUGCUGUAUCAAGCAACCCCCAAAAGGAAGUGAACUGGGAUGAGGUGUCCAUGCAUUGUUGUACAGGGGGCAAUGUCCAAGAUUAUGCCAAAACAAUUGGGAAGUUUGUCAAGCUCUACUCUGGUAAUGGCCAGCUACUUGAUUUCCUGAAUGUCUUCAGCAAAGAGUUUGGAGAGAAUGCUGUCCUUGGAAUAGAAUUCUUUUCCUCUGUUGUUGACAUGGUGAUCAACAAUGUGGACCUGUUCCCAUUCCUGCGAUGUGGCCUCAUUGUGACCAACCUGACCUGUGGCAAAGCUAGGUGUGUUGAUGGCUUUGCUAGGCUGCUCACCAAAAGUGAUGUAGAGAGGUGCAAGGGAACAAAGCUUAGGCAACAAGUUCAAGAUGCUGAGAGCUUGCUGCAAUCUAAGUGGGGGGAGGUGUUUGCAGCCCCACAAGAGAAGAAGCACAUCUACUACAAGGCUUUUGGUAAGUGCUGCAUCAGGGCAAUCCUUUUGCUUACUGGCAAAUGGAAAAUGGGCAGAGAAAACAAAGAAUACAAGGACAUUGAAAGCAUCAAGGGUGCUUAUGACAAUGAGCUUGCUUCAUCCACACCCACAGCGCAGUUGCUAGUGACAAGCCAAGCAAGCCAACCCAGCCAGUCAAGCAAGGCAGUGGAUCUCCAGCAAGCAAAAAACCCAAUGUUUUUGGCAAUGCAAAGCAUAGAACUCAAAAUAGGAAACUUUUACAACCACAAGGACUUGCCACACAUUUUCCUACUGAAAGAAAUCAAUGCAGACCACCUUGUUUUGGAGGCACAGGAGCUCUUUGAAAAUACAAAAAAAACAAUCACAGUGCAGGAUAUCAAGGUCACAAAGGAACUCAAACCCUCAAAGGGGAAGGCACCUGCAUUAAUUGCUGAUGAUGCAGCAAAGUUGACCCCUACUUUGGUUUGCAGAGAGGAAAAUGACAGGGCUUACAUCUAUGGUGUGUUGUUUAGCAUGUGCAAGUCCUACCACAAGAAAGUGUUGAUCCAGGAGGACCCUGUCAAGAGGAUCUACACUGAUGGCCAGGCCAAACAACAUGAUUUGACUAUGGUCCCCAUGACUGACAAGGUUGACAAGAUUGUCUUGAAGUCGCCUGGCCAGCUGUCCAAGUUUGCAAAGGUCUCCUAUGGGGGCACUGAGUGGUACAUCUUGCCACCCAAGCCUUGGAAAUGUGUUGAUGGGACAUGCACUGGUUUGGUUGUUCCCUUUUGGGUGGCAUGUGGCACCAUGGUCAAGGAGGAUUCCAACAUGGCAUUUGAGAUGAAGGAUGUCAAGGGCUUGAAGGUUCAGGUUCUCUCCAACCCCAAGCAGCUGCCUGCCAAGACUAUGCUCUCAGUAGUGGAUCCUAGUGCUGCUCACAGUAGCAAGGGCAAGGGUAAGAGUGCCAAAAGGGUAGACCCCAAAGCAAGGCCUACCAUCAAAGACUCUGUGGGCUACAGGGCUCUGGUGGAGAAAAGGAAUGCAAAGGUCUUUGCUGCACCUCAUGAUGCCCUCUUUGGGCAGGAAGAAGCUGGUGAGCCAACAGAUGACUUGGUGAUUGACUAUACCCAUGACAAUGUCAACAUGUUCUUCUACUACAUGCAGGAGUCUGGUGUCAAGAUCACUACUGAGGGAGAAGGCAAAAGACCUUAUUCUAGGACUGGCAAGCACAGCAAGACUGCUGAUAAGCCAGCUGGCCAUGCUGAUAAGGAUGUGGAUCUCAAUGAUCCAUCAUACAACUGUCCUCACACUUUGUUCAUUUGGUUUGAUCCCAUUUUGAAGCUGUGGUUUGUGUCAACUCAGCCCAUCAUGGACAUUGGCAAGGGUUCCCCUGAAUGGGAUGAAGUUGCCAUAUUGGCUUGCAUGGAUGUUGACAUGGAGACAGUUUGGGCACCAUGGAACAAUGAGCAGGCUGCCAGACUCAAAGUGGAGUUUGGUCAGACUCAUGAGUCUUUGAAGGCUCAGGCUCUUGAGACCAAGCUCAAGGAAGCUGAGGCAAAGCUGGAGAAGUGGCAGGAGUGGUGGCACCAUGGGGGUUCCAAUGAUUUGGUUGAGGGACCUCCAUCUUGCCCUCCACCACCACCUAAGGCUGCUCAGCCAGGUCAAGGGUUGAAGAGGCCCAGGAUUGAUGAGGCAACAUACCAUAAGGCUGGUGUGUUGCCUCCUCCACCUCCUCCAGUGCCUGGUUCAACUGAGAAGCCUGAAAGGGCAUCAGGAUCUAAGGGUGACACUGAGAAGGUCAGCUACUCAUGGAAAUCUAGAUCUGUUGCCUUGGUGGCCUCGCUUGAGAUGAAAUUGCCAGUUCGCAUGGGCUAUUUGGUCAAUAAGUUCAAAGAAAACGAGCAAUUCAUGGGCAUGCUCAAUUUGCACAAGGAGGCUAUGGAGAGAUUUGGCACUGAUGCCAAGUAUGACUACUGA